CUGUGUGCUUGUGUGCGUGUGUGCAUGCGCUUUCUCCUCCUCUUCUUCACAGUACUUGGACUUGGACAUUAACCGGUUCGCACUUGUUACGAGAAGAAGGCUCCCCAGGCACUUGGGGUUAUUUAAAGAUGGUCCGCACAAUGACGUCACAUCUUCGGACGGUCCGGACUGUGCUUUUUGUGGUUAUGUAUUGUGAUGUGUGUGCGGGUUUUAACCUGGACUCUCGCUUUGCGGUGGUAAAAGAGGGACGCACACCCGGAAGCCUGUUCGGACUUUCAGUAGCGAUGCACCGGCAAACCGUGGGGCGCGCGCGUUACCUACUGCUGGUUGGCGCACCACAGGAGAAAGCAGAGUCUAAGUUGCGGGCUAAUCAGACGGGAGACAUGUAUGCUUGUCCAAUCACUACAGACCCUAAAGACUGCAUACGGACAAACCUGAUCACCUCAGACACUGUGGGUGCAGAGGACGUUAUAGAGGGAAUGUGGCUCGGUGUGUCCGUAGUCAGUCAAGGGUCUCAGAAAGGGAGAGUGAUGGCCUGCGGUCAUCGCUACAGCAGGACCAUGGACAAUGGUGCGAACCUGCGCAUGAUCGGGAAGUGUUAUAUCCGGUCGAAUGACUUGAGCUAUGAUGAAGCAAACGAUGGCCAGUGGCAGGACCGCCAGGAGGUGUGUAGUCCUAAUGGAAACCAAGAUAUGGAGGGGAUGUGUAAUAUGGGCAUCUCUGCCACCAUGACAGAAACUGAGGUUAUCGCUGGAGCUCCGGGCUGCUACAACUGGCAAGGUAAUUCAUAUGUGGUUUAUAGGAACCCAGAUGACAUGUUUGAUACCCAGAUUAUCAAACUUCAAGACAUGAGUACUGGAAACAUCUACAUUGGCUACUCGGUGGGGAAAGACAAUGGAAUACUGAGCAAAGAUGAUGACACAGUUGUGGCUGGAGCACCAAGAUACAACAGUAAGGGCGCAGUGAUGCUAAUGAAAGUCAUCACGAUUGAUGAUGGCACUAGAGAGCUGAAGGAAUUGAAUUUAAAACUAGAGGGUGAACAGGUCGGCUCGUACUUCGGAAACAGCAUCGCUAUUGUCGACAUCAAUAAUGAUGGGUGGAAGGAGCUGAUUGUUGGAGCACCGUUUUAUUUUAACCGCAGAGACGCCGGCGGGGCUGUGUAUGUGUUCAUGAAUGAAAACGGCUCAUUCAAGCCCAAAACAGAUCUGAUGUUCACUGGUUUAAGUGACUCAGGUUUUGGCAUGGCUGUGUCUUCCAUCGGGGAUGUCAACCAGGACGGUUUCCUGGAUUUUGCGGUUGGAGCGCCGUUUCACGGCUCAGGCAUGGUGUAUUUGUGGAUGGGGGGAAAAGAUGGAGUUUCACCCAAAGCAGAUCAGGUGAUUGAGGGGAGUGAUGUGAGUAAUGGUGGUUUCAAGACGUUCGGUUACUCCAUCAGCGGCGGUCUGGACGUGGACGAUAAUAAAUAUCCUGAUAUUGUUGUUGGCUCUCUGGAUGAUAGAGUGGCUUUACUAAGAGCUCGUCCUGUCAUUCACGUGAAAAAGAAUUUCACUGUGACGCCCUCGCUCGUUGACCCAAAAGACUGUGAGUCCUGCAUUAACAUGGAGGUGUGUUUCGCUUACACACUCAGUACAGGAGAGCCAAAUUUUAAAGACGACAUUAUUAUGAAGUUCACGGUGGAGGCUGAUGUGCUGCAGCACUCGUCCCAAACUCGCGUCCGCUUUACCAACAACGAAAAAGACGUGUAUACUGGGUUCUUAUCAAUGACAUCACAGCGUUGUGAGACACAGACGCUUAAAUUGAUAACAUUCCUGCGUGAUAAGGUGACCCCAGUAGUGUUCUCCCUGAACGCAUCGAUCGUUGAGCCUCAGAUUAACAGUGGUCAGCAGCAGCUGCAGAACCUGAACUUGUUUCCUGUGCUCAGUCAGGGACGAACACUCACUGACAAAGUGGAGAUUCACAUUCAGAAAGCAUGUGGAGCUGAUAAUAAGUGUGAGAGUAACCUGCAGAUGAGCGCCACAUUUGCCAAAAGCCUGCAAGACAUCCUGCCUGUUCAGGAUGGUCACCAGGUUCUGAAGUAUGACUCCAGCAUUAAUAAACUGUUUCUGCUUGUUAACGUGACGAACUAUCCAUCUCCGGGGCGAUUAGCAGAAGAUGCUCAUAACACUGAGUUGAAUGUCUCCGUUUCCUCAUCAAUCACAUACUCCGGCGUCAGACCCGAGACUACUUCAGUAAAAUGUGCUCCUAAAGACAAUUUCAUCCUGUGUGAGUUGGGAAACCCGUUACCCGCUAAUCAGAUGGCCGUCUUUGCGAUCGUCUUCCAGACGUCGUUCAUCACACUCGACACACAAAAGAUCACUUCAACACUGCAGCUCUCUACACUGAGCAUACAGAACGACUUAAUGCCGCUGACCAAAGUGCUGCUAGUGGACUAUGCACUAAAGCCCGCAUUUCAUGUUAUGCCUUCUCGAAUACAGACGGAGUUCAGUGGCCAUGUUAUUGGUGAAUCAGCUAUAAAAAGCACCAGUGAAAUCGGGAGUCCAGUGGAGUUCCAAUUUGUGGUGUCUGUAGAUGAGGCACUCGGGAGUCACUACGUAUUCUCUGUGGAUUUUAAUUGGCCGAUGGAGGUGGCGAAUGGAAAGUGGCUCCUGUACAUAGAGGAAAUUACGAUGACAGGAACUUCGAAUUCCUUGUGUGUUCCACCGGGAAACAUCAUCAACCCACAAAAUUUCCAGGUGACAGAGCGAAAGAGUAAUCGGAGAAAGAGAGAUGAACAAUCUGCCGCUCACUUAGAAGUUGUGUCAGCUCUGAACCCAAAGAGCACCCGCAGGAAAACUGACCAUCUGAAUUGUACGUCAGGCACUGCAAAAUGUAAGACCUUCAGCUGCUCCUUAUACAACAUGAGGAAAACGGCCACGGUGACGGUGCGGGCACGGCUGUGGAACAGCACCAUGUUGGAGGAUUACAACAAAGCUUCACUGAUUGUCAUUAGUGGCGAGGCAACACUUAAACUGAAGACAGAUAGAACAGCCAUCCAUCUGGACAAUAAAACCUAUAGUGUGACGUUCACUGUUGAGGUGGCUCCUGUGAUUCAGGAUGAGGUUGAGUAUAAAGUUCUCCUGUGGAUCAUUAUUGUCUCUGCUCUAUCCGGAGUGCUUCUGCUCGCCCUCAUUGUCGUGCUCCUGUGGAAGUGCGGGUUUUUCCGGAGAGCGAACACUAGAGAGAUUUAUGAGGCGAAGUCACAGAAGGCUGAGAUGAGGACACAGCCAUCUGAGAAAGACAGACUAACAGAGGAGGAAUGAUGAUCAUGCAGACUAGAUUACUGUAUUAUUGGUGUGGGUUCUUUAGGCGGGCGCUUUAUUUCCGGACCAUGCCCAAGUACCAUGGAGUGAAGAUGUGUAGGGAGCAGCGCUUCCUAAUUGACGACGCUAACAAAAAAAAGCACUGGAUUACAAACUGGACCAACACACCACAAUGAUUCCACAAACACACGGACAUACACACACAAUACAUUUUUGAGGUGAGGUAUCCACACAGUAUUACUUGGUCCAAUGAGAGACGAAAUGACCACGCACAACUCCAGCCAACAUACAUCAUUUUAUAUUAGCAUUGUGCAAACUAUGUGACCAGAUGCAAACUCCCUAGUUACACACUCCAUUGUAUUGCCUUUGUUUACAAACAAACUAAAAGAUGUGAUUUAUCAAAGGGCAUGACACACUGUUAUCUAUAAAAAUUUGUCAAAAAGUACACGAGAUAUGCAUAGCUAAAAACAGUAGUGGUGGCCAUCUUGAAGCCAAAUCAUGUCUUUCCUCAGCACAUACUGUACGUAUAUAUAUAUAUAUAUAUAUAUAUAUAUAUAUAUAUAUAUAUAUAUAUAUAUAUAUAUAUAUAAAUUUGGAUGACAAUAUGGUUCCUGUUUGAUUUGUAUAUUUUGAUAUAUAUUGUAUAUUAUGCAUAAAUCAAAUGGUAUUGUCAGGAUUUAGGUGUACAAUUUACAUAAUGCUGAACCCUUUGCUAUAAGCUUUGCUUAUAGCUUCAGUCUAUUCAUCUAACAAAAGAAUAAAUGUACAGAGACAGAGAAUGUACAGAGGAGGUUGUGCAUUCACACCCCAGCUGAUGUGAGUUCUGUGUUACCGUAUGAGUGUUGACAUGUGCGUGGGCACGUAAAAAAAAUAUAUAUAACAUCGUCGCAGUCCCUGAUGGACAAUAUGAGCUCUGUAUUAGCAUAUUAAAAUAUAUAGGAUCCUAUUCAUAGUUGAUGACUUAAGUACAAAAGUUACAACAGUGCUUAAGCUGGGGAAAGUUAUGCGAAUUCAGAGUUUAAGUCUAUUUCAGAAUUUCAGAGCGUUUAAGUUUGUUUUCUGGUCUCUUCAUUCAGAUAAUGCAAACAUGUGCUGUUCAUGCUUCCAAGUUUGCCAGCUUUUUCCCGGGUAGAGACGCCAAAGACAAGCACUUCCCUUUAAAUCAUGUAUAGAAAAUUAGGACUAAGGAGGGAAAUAUUAUAACAGAUAGACUAAUAUAAUAUUAUAUGAAUGAGAAGAUGGCAUGCAGUAUGUCCAGUAUUUUUCUGCAUGAAUCAUCGAUUAUUGCAAUUAUCACAAUAACCCUCUACUGCAUGACUUAUUAAUUUUACAUAAAAAAAACAUGGAUUUUUAUUACUUGAAUCAGUUCAGGGGGAGUUGGUAAAUUGUGGAAACUGCAAUGGUGGAAAGUAAAAAAAAACACAAAAUGAAUAAGAUUACAAUUCUAAUUACUUCACUUUCUAGACUAUAUGUUGCAGAGUUUUUUUUGCCACCCAGUAAGCAUGUAAAAGUAUAUCUUCUAGAAAGGAGUUACAGUUGUAAAAAGUAAGUGGAUGGAUUUGCUCACUCAAAAUACAUACAAAAAUUAGAUCCAAACAUGUUUUCGGUGAAGUAUCUUUUUAAUCCUUUCUCUUGAAUUCUUAAUUCUUUCUGUUGAAACGUAAAAUAAGGUGCAAUUGCAAAAUGUCUAAAAUUACAACAGUUUUUUCUUACUUUGAACAUGAAAAAAAAAAAAAACUAUUAGAGAAGCCUAGUAUAUUGUUUGCUAUGUAGGCCUGUUUCAAUCCAUGCUUGCACAUACCACAGUUCCAUUAUCACAUGUUGAUGUCAUAUGGCAACAAUCACAUUUUACCAUUUAACAGAAUAUUAAGAAUAUAUAAACUUGUUUAAAUGACAAAAAAAUAAACGUUAACUUAUCUCAAAUAGUUUCCCAUCCCCCCUCCCUUUAAGUAGAUUUGCCUAAAUAUUGAGCCCUCUGAUGAUGACCUUCGCCAUGCCAUGUGAUUGAUAAAAAGCAGUUCCUCCUGGUCAUGUGACAUGGCAUUUUUUUUCUUAUGUCAAAGUUAAACCCCCCCUUUUUCCAGUCACAUAGGAAAAUAGUAGUUUUGUAUGAUAUAAAAAAAUGGACCUAAAUUAAUUGCCAUAUGUCAACACCAUGCAGUAAAGGAGGCUGCAAAGUUGGUUUAACUUAAAAAUAUGGCUUCCACCCUCAUUUGGACGCUAAUAAUUUAGCACUUGAUCCAGUAUAUCCUAUUAUUUUGCAUUUUAUUUUUCUGUUGUGUGCCAACAGUUACUUGUGCGCACAACUUAACGAAGCCAUGAAAUACUGAAUUGAGGUCAUGAAGUCGUAAUGUGUGUGCAUGAUAUAAUCUAUUUUACCACACUUUUAAUUUAAUAUUUUGAGUUAUCAAAUUAAUAAAAUAAUGGAUUUAUGAUUACAGCUCAUUUUAUGCCAUUCAUAGUUUAAUUGAUAAAAAGUUAGUCCUCAAAAUAAGCAAUGUCUCUGAUGUCCAACCUCUAUGCAAAAACUUUUUUGCACUUUAAAGAUUAAUUAAUUCAUAGUGUCAUAUCAUAUUUAUAUUUAAUAUUGACCUCAAAUGACAUUCCAUUGUUUUUUUUAAGGGUAUUUACAACCCAAAUGUCAUAUUGUUGUUGCAUCAAACUGUCAGACAAUGACACUGAACUUAAUAAAGUACAAGUUUAGAACUGCGCAGAACAGAGACACGCCUCUGUUUUAGACAAACUCCGCCCCUCAUGAGUAACUCUGGUGUAACUCUGAAUAGCAUUUAAGUCUGCCAAUGUGCGCAAUUUUACUACUGAAUCCUCACUGUUCUCCUUUAACUCAGCUCUGAAUACGGCCCAUAUUUAGCAAAUGGCACAUAAUAAAACUGUAAUUAGAUUUUUUUUCUAUACAUAAUUUCUUUGUGUGUGUAUAUGGGUGUUUAAAAACAGCAGUGCCAUCUCCUUAUCUUUGAGUGUGAAAUAUUCCUCAUUUAUCGUGUUCAUCUUGUUGCAUAAUAGGGUUUGGUUUUUGUCUCAUCUUACCUCAGUUGUUUUAAUCGAAACUCUCAAUCGAGUUUUAUUUCAGAAUUGUUUAUGCCAAACACAUCUUUACAAUGUUACGGUAAUUUUGUGAACAUGUCCUUGCUGAUGUUCUGUCAUGAGUCACCAUAAGAGGAUGAGUGUAGGAUUGUUCAACAAUAACACACUCAAUUGAGAACGAUGUAGCUGAACUACCCACUACAAUUCCUACAGUAGCAUCAGCUUGCUAGCAUCCUAGCACGCAACCUAGCAUGAUUAGCAUAGGUAAAAAUCUGAGGUGUAAUGAAUAUAGGGGUUGGGUUGAUGCCAGACAGGCAAACAAAUGUGCCAUCAUGCUAACUAAAUGGCCUGCUAACAGACGAGCACAGAGUGUCUAGUAUUCUGAGCAGCUGGUGUGUGAAGUGAAGAUUAUGGGAUGUAGCCAGGUUCCUAAGUGGCUUGCUUGCUAAAAGGCUAGAGCGUUAAUUAGCUGGUGGACAAGGGUGAAUAAAAACAAAUAUUGGAAUACGGCCCAGAUUUUAUCUUUUAUUCAGUAAGACCAAAAAUGUCUGUGAUGUGCCAUAUUCCAGGUAGUUUAUUGUUCUAAAACUUUUAACCCUUUAUCUGGCAGUAGGAUGCAGUGUCUCUACUUGUCUUGUCAAAAAUGUCUUUGUUCAUUGUUUUAUACUCUAACUGCAUUAACAUGUUAAUUUACACACAACAGAUCAAUAUUUCAUACAGCCUGUGUGCUAUAUUCACUGCCAAAACAGAAUGAUCAUGUUGUAACUAUUGCGAUUUUUUUUUUCAGUAAAGAUGGACUGAUGAUUGAUGUUGUUAAUUAUCCAUAAAUCAACAAAUCACUUUUCUAUUUGACUUGUGUAGGAAGAAAAAUCAGUGUUUUGUAUUAUGAUUUAUUUUUGUAUUUAAGAUAUUUUGUAAAUGACAUAGGACAUAUGUUAUUUAGCAUUUUUUACAUUUGUGAUUUUUUAAUUAUUGCCUUAAUUUUAAUAACUUUCUACUUUCAAUUUUUUUUGUGUUUAAUACAUUAAAAUCCAAAGUAUUAUAAAACAA